AGGUUGAAGCUGGUAAUUCUUCUGAGACUUCUGAUUCUUCAGCAAAGGUUAGUAUCGUAUUUAUUAAAACAAAUUUAACAGGUCAAGAUGUGUCGGAGGUCACUGGAGAAAAAUGACAAAGUCUAUUAAAGGAGAACUUGCUGUGAUCUGUUUGUGAUAAACGAGGUUUAAUUGAUUUCGCUCGUCGACUGGCUAAUAGCGGAUUGAAUCUCGUGGCCAGUGGAGGAUCAGCCAAGACUCUACGAGAAAAUGGCUUGAACCUGAAAGAUGUGUCAGAGGUCACUGGAACACCUGAAAUGCUCGGUGGUCGAGUGAAGGACCACAAUUACGAUUGUGUUGUGUUAUGUUGAUAUAUGGCCAAUGAUCUAACACCAUUGGCUACCGCUUAUUCUCGUGCUCGAGGAGCCGAUCGAAUGUCCUCUUUUGGUGAUUUUGUGGCCCUUUCUGAUAUCUGUGACGUUCCCAAGAUAAUCUCACGGGAAGUUUCUGAUGGGAUAAUUGCACCAGGUUAUCAAGAAGAGGCUUUGAAUAUACUUAAGAAAAAGAAAGUUGGUUCUUAUUGUAUUCUAGAGGUAAAUAAUCUUACUCUUCAUCUAAUGAGAUCAUACCAUCGUCACAAAGGUCCAACAAAGAUUAUGGAUCAAUCAAAACCUUCACAAUCAUCACAAUCAGCAGGACCAUCAUCACCUUCACUUUUACAUCCGAAUCCAAGAGGUUUAUUUGUCCGUAAUCUUGGUUAUAAGAGACGUAAAGAAGUUCUGAUCAGAUAUUAUACCAAAUUUUUCAAUCAAUUUGGAGCAGUUGAAUUUUUCUAUGUUGCCUGGGAUCAUAUACGAAAUGCUAUCAAAGGUUAUGGUUUUGUGACCUUUCAAAAUCUUGAAGAUGCAGAGAGGGUUCUUGCUCUCACUCCAAAAGAGUUAUAUGACACUGGAGUCAAUAAGACUGUUGUUUAUUCAGCAACCCAGAAGACAAUGGAAUUGAUUAAAAAUGAAUUGAAAGAAUUAGCUAUAGAAAGAGAGGUGGUUAGACAACAGAAAGAUGAGCUACUCUCCAGCCCAUUAAAGGAAACAUUUGAUGAACCAGAAGAUGAAGAAGCAAAGAAAGAAGAAGAUGAACCAAAAGAACCAAUUGAAAAUCCAAGUGAAUCUCCCGCCAAUAAUCCAGAAGAGAGAUUGAGUAAACUGACAAUUAUAAACAUCCGACCAUCUCUCAAAUGGUUUUCAAGAAAACAAUUAAACGAGCUGAACAAUCAAAUUAUACCGAUGUUUAUGUUAAUCGACAAGUUGGCCUAGAAAUGGACGGGAAAAAAUGGAAGGAAGCUCUCGAAGUUGCACCUAAACUGUUAACAGAGGAUGAUGCCAAAAACUAGAUUAAGGAGAAUUGAUUUGUAACCAAUCCUAAAUAAUUGACAUAAUUAUGAGUUGUAAUAUCUCUAAUCGAAUCUAAUUCUUUUUUAUCUUUUUUUCUUUUCUUUUCAGUUCUUCAUAACUUUUUUUCUCCUAAUUUUUUCUAUCUGAUUUUUUGAAAUUCUAAUAUC